UCUUGGUCCAAAAGGGCUAAAACGCAACUCACUGAUAUAACAGAGCGGUGCAGCCAUAAAGAUACGGUGUAACGUGCAACGACGUUGUUAUUUAAUUACGAUUGGACUGUAAUUCGGUGACCAUGAGAGUCUUAAUAGGAGGGGGAUCUGGCUUUGUGGGCCGUGAGCUGACUCGUCUGCUCAGAGAUAAAGGUCACGAGGUCACAGUGAUAUCUCGCCAGCCUGGUCCAGGGAAAAUAACAUGGGGCGAAUUGGAGUCCAGCGGCCUCCCACCUUGUGAAGGCGCCGUCAACUUGGCUGGAGAGAAUCUCAUGAACCCGCUGCGAUGGUGGAACGAAAGCUAUAAAAAAGAUUUGUUCUCCAGUCGCAUUGAUACUACAAAAGCUCUGGCUCAAGCCAUUGCUGCCUCCCCCAGCCCCCCUCACUCCUGGGUGCUGGUAUCAGGUGUAGGUGAGUGUUUGCCUAAUGACAAAAACUCAAAAGUUCUCAUAUGCUGCUCGGAGCAAAGCUGUUGUAUAUUUCCCUCUUUGCUUUUUAUGUCCACAGCUUGUUACCAACCCAGUCUGACAGCUAAGUACACAGAAGACAGUCAGUGGACACCAUUUGACCUCCUCUCCAAACUCGUCAAAGAGUGGGAGGCCUCAGCACUUCUGCCUGAGACUGUGGCACAAAACACCAAGCAAGUCGUCAUCAGACCUGGGGCAGUGCUGGGUCGCGAUGGUGGCGCUAUGAAGCAAAUGCUGCUGCCCUUCUGGCUCGGCCUCGGGGGCACUCUGGGGUCAGGGAGCCAGCCGUUCCCAUGGAUCCACGUCUCUGACCUGGCAGGAAUCAUCGCCCACGCCCUGGAGCCCCCCACCGACACUCCCUCCCCUUCACAGCAGGUGUUUAAUGGAGUCGCACCCGCGCUGAACACCAACUACGAGUUCACUAAAGAACUGGGCCGGGUUCUGAGGCGGCCCACCAUUUUUCCCGUGCCAGGCUUCGUCAUGAACGCCCUGAUGGGCUCCGAGAGGGCGGUCGUCCUCACGCAGGGACAGAAAGUCGUACCACAGAGGACUUUAGAGGCUGGGUUUCAGUACAAGUACCCGGACUUGAGCUCAGCCCUGAAGGAGAUUGUUGGGAGUUAACAGAUUUUGGAGGAACGUGUGCUGACUUAAUAAAUUCUGUAAAGAUGCCUUCAUACUUACUGUAUCAUAUAUAAACAAAAGAAACAAGGAUCACAAAUGGGUAGACGACACAUUUCUGUAAAUCUCACAUUCUUCAGAUCUAAGGACUGCUCGGAAGAUGUUUAUGUGAGGAUGCAAUUGUUCAAGCUAAAAUCUGUCUGACAGAGCAGGACGUCUUCGGCAAACCACUGAAACACACCUUCAUUGAUCAAUGCCCAAACCUCAGUGUAAUCAUUUAAGCAAUAGAAAGUAAUGAAGAUCAGUGGCUCUUGGCUUUUGGGAUUCUUUCAAUAAAGUGAUGAUAUUUAUCCAGAUGGAGGAGAAUACA